AUGGGAUUACCCAUGGAAGAUAAUAUUCAUGCCCCGACCGUACCCUCCGGACCAACGUCUGGAGGGGUACCCCGCGAUCUGUCGAAGCUGUCGAUGGUGGAUUUGAUGCAAGAGAAAGAACGCAUCGAAGCUGAGCUAUCAGCGCUCAGCUCCGUGUUGACGUCUCAUGGCGUCAACAUGAAUACCUCUCUCACGACUUUCGAUGGCUUCCCGCGGGACGAUAUCGACAUUGCUCAGAUUCGCACAACACGAGUACGAAUAAUCCACUUGCGAAAUGAUCACAAAGAGAUUAUGAAGCAUCUCGAGAAGGGCCUCCACGAGCACUUUGCUAGUCUCCAACGGGCGCAAGGUGCUAGCUCUGCUGGCGAUACAAACGGGUCUGCUGCUCCGCGACCCAACCUAGGAGAGGGAAGUCUGUCAGAUGCUGCAAUGCUGGGAGCACCAUUUGCAAAGGUGAACAGUAUUGUGCCCGGUAGUCCUGCGGAUCAAGCUGGUUUGAAAGCUGGUGAUACUAUACGGAGCUUUGGAAACGUCAAUUGGAUGAACCACGAGCGUCUCUCCAGGGUAGCGGAGACAGUUCAACAGAACGAAGGACGCCCCAUCAUCGUCAAAGUCGUAAGGAAAGAUGGACCUGGUUCAAAUAAUACUACUGAGCUGAAUCUCCAACUCACCCCACGCCGUGAUUGGGGAGGUCGGGGCAUGUUGGGUUGCCAUCUCGUUCCACUGUGA